CAUGCUAGUCCGUCGGUUUGGUGAGGCCGGUGAAAGGGAUGUAAUUAGUCGUACGCAAAGCAAUUUCGCUCGCGUAAAUCAUUGUCAAUCCUCUACCUUAAACUCGUGAUAUUUUCCCAUUCGGGCAGCGAGCAUCCAGACUCCACCGGUAUACAGAACCAACGCCGGAGAAAGGUCAGCUCAGUCCUCACGUUCCUACUUCCCGAGUCCCGAAACAUCAUCAGUUCAUCACCACAUCCACUCCCGUCAUCUAUUCUCAAACUUCGCAAUCCCGUGCUCUAUCCUAUCCAAAGCACCACAUUGUUUAUUCAUUCAGCUUCGUCGACCAAGUCCCAAAUCCCACUUCUUUUUCUCCUCCUCUCCGUCAGGAUAGUUACGGGCGCAGCGGUCGCGACUCGCGAGGAUGGUGUCCAAGAUCAAGCGCCUCCCGACGCUGGCCAAGGUGGCCCUGCUGCUCCUCGUCCUGCUCCUCCUCCUCGCCGCCAUCCUGCUGCUCAUCUUCCUCGUCCCGCGCCGCCGCACGGCGCCGCUGCCGCCCCCCGCGGCGCCCCCGGGCCCGGCGGACAACUGCUCCUCCGACCGCGCCGUGGCGUUCGACUUCUCCCCGUUCCUCGUCCAGUACAGGGGCGGCUGCGUCCACCGGAUGGACGGCACCGCGCGCGUCCCCGCCGGCGUCGACGCGGCCACCGGGGUGACGUCCAAGGACGUCGUCAUCAACCACGUGACCGGCCUCGGGGCCAGGAUGUACCUGCCGCCGAAGCUGGCAGCCGGUGGCAAGAAGGAGAAGGAGAAGGAGAAGGACCUGCCGGUCGUGGUGUUCUUCCACGGCGGCGCGUUCGUUAUCAUGACGCCGUUCGAGCCCAAGUACCACGACUACCUGAACGCGCUGGUGGCCAGGGCGCGCGUGGUGGCGGUGUCCGUGGACUACCGCCUGGCGCCGGAGCACCCGCUGCCGGCCGCCUACGACGACUCGUGGGCGGCGCUCAACUGGGCCGCCAGGAACGCGGACGCCGGGCCGGAGCCGUGGCUGCGGGACCGCGGGAACCUCUCCCGCCUCUUCCUCGCGGGCGACAGCGCGGGCGCCAACAUCGCGCACAACAUGGCGAUGCGCGCCGGGAGCGGGAGCGGGCUGGAGGGCGGCGCGGCCAUCCUGGGCGUGCUGCUCCUGGACCCCUACUUCUGGGGGAAGCGGCCCGUGGGCGCGGAGACGAGGGACCCGGCGACGCGGCGGCGGUACGAGGAGACGUGGUCGUUCGUGUGCGGUGGGCGGUACGGCAUCGACGACCCGCUGAUCAACCCGCUGGCGGCGCCGGCGUCGGCGCUGCGGAGGCUGGCGUGCGCCCGCGUGGCGGUGACCACGUCGGGGCUGGACAACUUCGAGGCCCGCGGGGAGGCGUACGCCGCGGCGCUCAACGGCAGCGGGUGGCGCGGCGAGGUGGUGCGGUACGAGACCGCCGGCGAGCGGCACGUCUACUUCCUGGACCAGCCCGCCAGCCCCAAGUCCGCCAGGGAGCUGGCGUUCGCGGCCGCGUACCUGAGCCGGGAGUAGGACACGGACGCAUUGGUGUUGGUGGGGUGGGAUGGGUCGGUUGGAAUUGGAUCGUCGUGCAGUGAGUGCAGCGGUGCACGUGAGAUCGCGAGGAUUGGUUGAUGAUCGCCGUACAUGAUUGAUUAGCUACUCCGAUUAACUAUCACUGUAGUGGUACAUACUGUUGCUUUUUGUUUGCUUGCGCUUCGAUUAUUGUUGGGUUCAUGGCGAGUCUGGUAAAGUGUGCGUGGAUACGGAAACUCCGUUGAUCUUUGGUGAAAGAUGUAAGUCGGAAGGUGCGUGGCAUCGAUGCUUUCCCCGA